AUGGCCGGCGUUUUGCUGUCCACCCACUCCUCAAAUCCGCUCGAGGUCGGCUCUUCAGAUCCCCGGAACUCCCACUAUCACCGCGCAUACAGGAAGUCUCAAGAAGCUCGCUGCGACGAUCCCCUGUCAUCCGAUGACCUCUUAAAUGGGAGUUAUCGCCCCCCGGAGCUCGACGACUACCAUGAGCACAUCUCCCAACUCUUCCCCGGAAUGAUUCAGCGACGGUCAAGCGUAAGUACUGUCCGCGCAGGGAAACAACCGAUGUUCGCGCCACCGGCCUACGUAGACUUGGACGUGGAUAUGAGCGACGACGAGCUGCUGAUAAGACCGAACGAGGGUAACGCGCAACCCGCUGCGGUUGACUACAACGAUGAAGAGGACGCGCAGGGAAGCGACGUUGAUGACGACGAUGUGAAGCUGAGCGGAGAGCAGGACUCAGAGGACGAAGAAGACACGAUUCACCUGAAACCCCCAGAAGAACGCGCCGAAAUCGAAGCUGAAAUCGAGGAACUGGAAUCUUCCGUCCCCCAACUUUCUUCCGACUACAAGCUCGUUGACCGUCUUGGAACGGGUACAUUUUCGUCUGUUUAUAAGGCCAUUGAUCUCGCCCCAGAGCAAUGGGAUAAUACACCCUGGCAAGGACCUAAAACUCGCGCGUCGAUACCUCAACUCUCCUCCGCGUACAUCAAUGCAGAUGUUGGCGGGCGGGUCUUCGUCGCAAUUAAACGAAUCUAUGUGACUAGCAGUCCAGAACGCAUACGGAAUGAGAUAGCAAUUAUGGAGACAUGUAGAGGGUCCAGGUAUACGUCCCAGCUCAUUACUGCUUUCAGGCAUAAAGAUCAGGUUGUGGCGAUUAUGCCGUAUCACAAGAACGAGGACUUCAGGGAGUAUUUCCGAGAGAUCUCUAUGCCCGCCAUCAAAGCGUAUCUUCGGUGUAUGCUUCGUGCUCUACGCGAUAUCCAUGCCAGAGAGAUUAUUCACCGUGAUGUCAAGCCGGCGAAUUUCCUUUUUGACCCUCGUUCGGGCGUUGGCACGCUAUGUGACUUUGGAUUAGCCUGUCGCAUGGAACCAGCAAGGGGGCACGGAAAUAAUACGUGCCUGCACACCCCUCCUACCCGUAGCGACCCACACGGUCGUGUGCGACUGCGUAACGAAUAUAACAUAGAACAAAUCAAACGUGUGCAGAAGGAUGCGAGAAACAAGAGCACUUGGAGCUCAGACAAAGUAGGGUACGCAGAAAAAGAUCCUCGGCCUACCUGUAAAGCCAACCGUGCGGGCACAAGAGGGUUCCGAGCACCCGAAGUCCUCAUGAAAUGCGGUGACCAGUCCGGUGCCGUGGACGUUUGGUCAACAGGCAUGAUCCUGCUGUUUUUCCUGAUAGGAAAAUUCCCUCUGUUCCAGUCCAAUGAUGACAUCGAAGCACUUAUGGAGAUCGCUGUUAUCAUCGGCCGCAAAAGCAUGGAGAAAGUCGCAACUCUUCAUAGGCGAACUUUUGCGAGCAAUGUCCCCUCUAUCACGCCAGAUGGGAUCAGCUGGCGAGAAUUCGUCGAAAAGCAAAAUCCCAACGUAUUUACCCCUCCGCCACCUAAUACCCGAUACUACCCAUAUACCAUGAUGCCACCGAGUGCCAUCCCAUCUAUAUCCAUGCCCCCUCCCCCCUUGCCCCCAUCGAAAUCCAAAACCGUCGAUUCGUCACUACGACCGAAGGCACCGACGGAGCACGCACAGGACGUCGAAUUUGCAUUUAGUCUUCUGGAAGGUCUUCUGCAUCCAGAGAGUACACGACGUAUCACACCGAGGGACGCGCUGAAUCACCCGUUUUUGCGAGACCCGACUGAGCCCGACGACGACGAGAUGUUCCCCCAUCCAUACGGCGAGGGUGUAUGUGGGCAUCUGCAUUUCAUAGACGAGGUUACGGAGGAACCUUGUGUGCGGGUGAAGGCGAGGGGCGGUAAUAGUAAUGGAAGCAGAAGGAAGAACAGUGUAACUGAAGACGACGAGGAGGAACGCGACGAGGAAGACAUGGUCAACGGGGACUGGGAGGAUGGCACGGAGGUUCUUGUGAUUCGCUCUGGAGAAGGAAUCGCGGUGGGCAAUCAACCUUGUGAUCCCGUCAUGGCCCUCCUUCGCGGCUUUCCUCAUGCCUUCGACGUUGGCGAGCCGCUUUACCUCUUGAAGACAUACCACAUGUCCAGCUCAUUCACGGAGACUCUCCAGGAAAUAUUAGCCUCAAAUCUCUUCCACCAGCUCGCACCACUCGUCGUCCUUCUCGUCUUCCCCCUCAUCGUCCUCAACCUUGUCGCACCGGCUCGACGACUGCUCGGGCUGCUGACAUCUACGUUUGUAAUGGUCCUCGAGACGCUUGGGCUUAGCCUUCCGUGGCAUUGGAGCUGGAGUGGCAACGGGGGCGCCGACGCGGACAAGAGAAAGCACAAGAAGAGGCACCCGAGAACGAGAACGGAGCAGAUCGCCAUGAAUGGCAUACAAAGUGACCCAGAGGAGGCAGAUUACUAUCCUGGCCUCGUCAACAUAUCGGGCACGUACUGCUUCAUGAACUCGACUCUACAGGCAAUGUCUUCACUGUCGUACCUGCAACCGCAUAUAGAUAGGAUACACUCUAAGGCAGUAGAGCUAGACGUGCCAUCUCCGGUCAUAGACGCUCUACGGGACCUCUUUGACCAGCUCAACACCCCGCUCACCCGACCAUCAUCUCUACGUCCCCUACAAGUCAUACAAGCACUUACGAACGGCGGCAAAGCGAACACCCUAUUACAUUCACGCGAACAUCAAGAUGCACAGGAACUUUUCCAACUCAUCACGGAGUCACUCAAAAAUGAAAUCAGUGCUAUGGACAAGGAGAAAAGCCGGGACCGCGGCCUGGCUUUGUCAAUACGUGGAGACAUGACUUCGCUGCCAGAAGCAGAGACAAGCGGGGGCGAAUGGACUAGACAAAGUGUAUUCGACGGCCUAACCGCUAACCGACGAAGUUGUAUGCAGUGUGGAUAUACGGAAGCCGUCAUGCAUUUUGCUUUCGAUAGUUGGCAAUUGAGCGUUCCCCACUUUCCCAGAUGCUCACUCGAGGAAUUAUUAGAAGACUACACCCGCUUAGAGAUUCUACACGACUGCAUCUGUCGUAAAUGCUCCCUGGUAGCCACUCACAGACGACUUAUUUCUGAACUGAAGACCCUGGAUGAAGCGCUCAAAGGCGGGUCAUCAUCCCAUAGUCAUGCCGUUAAACCGGGCUCGAGUACCGGCUCGCACUUUAACAAAUUAACGGAAGCCAAUGGGAAUUCGCCCAAGAAACCUUCGGGAUCAAAGAAAAGGCGGGCGAAGGAAGUGGCGAAGAUGGAGUUACGGGUGAGGACGGCUCUCGAGGAAGGGAGGGUAGAAGAUGACCUGAAAGACGUACGAAUGGAGAAAGUCGUCAGUCGGGCGUCAUCUAAACAAGCUAUGAUUGCUAGGCCACCCCCAGUUCUUGCACUUCACCUCAAUCGAUCUUCAUUCGGACACUACGCGUCAAAGAACAAUGCUUUCAUCGAAUUCCCUGAAAUCCUUGACAUCACUCCUUACACCACGUCAGGCUGUCUUUCUACUACACCGUCAAGCCCGAUAUCGACACCUCCGCCCUCCCUUCCGAUCCAGCUCGCCCUUCCCCCACGCUCACGCACACCCACGCCUGCGGCCUACGAAAAAGUCCAUGAAAGAGUACUCUAUCGCCUGAGCGCGGUGGUAUGCCAUUAUGGGAGUCACUCGUUCGGACAUUAUGUCUGCUUUAGGCGAAAGCCAAGACCGAAGGGUGCCAAGCGACGGUGGGCUCCUCCAACAAUACUCGACCCCUUAGCUACGAGGGCAGAUGACGAGGACGUUGCAGGAGGCAGAGAGCGGGGCAUGAAUGGGUCGGCUGAUAGUACGGACAGCGAGGAAGUCUUUGGCAAGCGAAACGAGAUUGUGUGGGCAGACGAAGACCCAGCAAAUCAUCGCCCUGGCCGGGGUUGGCUUCGCAUCUCGGACGACUCUGUGCGUGAAUGUGGCAUUGAGAGCGUCCUGCGCGAAGGCUCUGGCGCGUUCAUGCUAUACUACGAGCGUAUUCGAUUUGCCCAUACAAGUCCUUAUCCCUCCAUGGCAAUGCGUCGCAGUCACUCGUCAUCCAGUGCUUCGGGGCUAGCGAUAAACGACAUGCACAUGUUGGUGCCGGAGGGGGAAGAUGGCUAUUCCCCGCGUAGUUCAGAAGAGACGUUGAGGCCAGAGUUGAGGACGCUGCAGCUGAAUAUGGUUAAUGGGAUGUUUGCAGAGGGGAACGGAUCGACGCAGAGUUUGGUCAGUGAAGUCGGGGUGGGGAUAGCCAACGGGAAAGGGAAAGAAAUUCCGAAGCGUGUGGGGACGGAGAAUGGAAACGGCCACGGGAAUGGGGUGCCGAUCGGGACGUCCGGCUCGUUGGGAGUAGCGUCGAUGUGGACGCCUGGGUCAUCGCCGCCUGGAAUGGGGCCAAGGGUAAUAAGAAGCGUUGCUGCUGGACGAGGCAAGAGUUUCAGUGCCGCUUCUUCCGAUGCAGGAGGCUCGAGGGAGUCUAGCACGACACCCGGACCGACGACGAAUUCGAUUACGAGUCCGACCAAAGGAAAGGCGAAAGCUUCCGAGCCAACCUCCACUUCUCAUAGUACCCGCGCUGAUACAUCGUCGUCGCAUAAACUCCCAACCAAAAGGCCAUUGCAGCCACCUUCCCUGGCAUCCUCCGUGCUGUCGGUCUCACCGUCCUCCUCGAUACUAGGGGAUGACCUAUCAUCGAUGCCUUUACAUUCUCCGCAACCCCAUCAUCCACCUUCGCCAAUUGUAGGCCUGAAGGCAUAA